AUGGCGACUAUCAAGGCCAUAGAGGGUCGCUCGAUACACCAAAUCCAGUCCGGUCAGGUCAUCGUUGACCUUUGCUCUGUUGUCAAAGAGCUUGUCGAGAACAGCUUGGAUGCCAGCGCCACCUCGAUUGACGUGCGGUUCAAGAACAAUGGCCUCGAGGCAAUCGAGGUACAGGACAACGGUCACGGCAUUUCGCCAAACGAUUACGAGACCAUUGCUUUGAAACACUAUACUUCGAAACUGUCCUCCUACAAUGACCUCUCCUCUCUCCAGACCUUCGGCUUCCGCGGCGAAGCCCUAUCCUCGCUCUGCGCCCUCUCGAAAUUUCACAUCCUCACUGCUCGCGCCACCGAUGGCCCGAAGGGCACUCGACUUGAUUUUGAAACCUCGGGCAAGCUGAAAGGAACUUCUGUCGCCGCGAGUCAGAAAGGGACAACUGUGGCCGUGGAGAACCUGUUCUACAACCUGCCAGUCAGGAAGAGAGAGCUUGAGAAGAACAUCAAGCGGGAAUAUGGAAAGGUGCUCGGACUCCUGCAUGCUUAUGCGUGCAUCAGCGUUGGAGUGAGGUUUUCUGUGAGCAACCAGGCUGCCAAAGGGAAAAAGGUGUCCGUCUUCUCCACCAAAGCAAAUCCAACAACACGGGAGAACAUUGCCAAUGUCUAUGGCGCGAAAACAUUGACGGCUCUAAUCCCACUCGACCUGAAAUUGGAGAUGGCACCCACCACUAUCGGGACACAGAGUGCCAAGAGCUGGAGCACCCAAGACGAUCAGCACUCGAAGGAGGUCCGCAUCGACGGCCACAUCUCCCGGCCCGUUGUUGGCGAAGGUAGGCAAACUCCGGACCGCCAGAUGUUUUUUGUCAACUCCAGACCAUGUGCUUUGCCUCAGGUGUCCAAAGCCGUCAAUGAGGUCUACAAGUCCUUCAAUGUCACGCAAUCCCCUUUCAUCUUCGCAAACCUCGUCAUGGACACCAAUGCCUAUGAUGUCAAUGUGUCGCCUGAUAAGCGGACUAUUUUGUUACACGACCAGACGGCCCUCCUGGAAGCGAUGAAAGAAGCACUGGUCGCCUUGUUCGAAGAGCAUGAUCAGAGUGUUCCACAGGCACAUUUGGGUCUGAAGAAACUGGGGCAAUUCAAGCCGCUAGACUUUGUCAGACAAUCAUCCGCAACUCGAGAGUCGGAGGGUGGAGGAGAUGCUCGAAUUGGAGCAAAUGAGUCAAACACGGGAUCGAGCCCUCCGCGCGUGGAAGAGAAGGGAAACGCAUCUGUUAGUCUGAUACAACAGUUUGCUGGUAGAGAUGCAACAAACCGAAGCCAGCUCUCGCCUGCAGGCGAAGUUCGGCGAAAAAGUGUGGAGGUGUCCGGGGACAAGCAGAAGCUUGCCCUGUUUUUGGCGAAGGGCAAUGAAGAGCCUGACUCUCAGCCUCAAGAGGAUACGGAUGACAUGCAACUCGUUUCCUCCCCUCGGGAACCGCCCACUCUACCCCAGGCGGUGCAGGAUUUUAAUGACCGUAUCGCAAGCCAAGAAGCCAAACGCAACCGACCCCAAGAGCCUUCCCCAGAGCGUACCGAAUGCGGGGAACAAGAGCCGAGCAUUGCAGUCAUCCGGACUUCAUCUCAGAAGAAUGAUACAGGUCCGAUUCAGAAUGCCUUUGAUCGAAUGCGGCCGAAGCGUGCGCCUGCAGAGACAGCCACAAUCACCAUUGGCGACAAGACAACAACGAUGAAAAUUGGCACCCCUGAAGCAAAACGUCGGAGGAUUCACACGCCGAAACAUAGCUUACACAGUGAACCGUUGCCUUCUCCAGGGAAAAAGUCUGGUUUUGUAAGCUGUCUAAAGCUGUUUGCGGCUCCAGGGACUCAGGUCGACGAGGAAAAUGAUGAGAUAUCCGAUGACGGAUCGAAAGGCGAGGAGCGAGAAGAGCAAAGCCAGAGCGAAAGCGAUGAAGCGCCAAACUCUUCUGCUUUAGGAGAGGCUCAAGACAAAGAUAGUGACGUUGACAUGGCAGAAUCCGGCGACGACGCCUCAGACACGGACGAUGAAGAGCCCGUUGCCGAUACUUCAGAGAAGAGGCCCAAUGAUAACGAGAGUCCUGACAGGGUUGGGAAUAGUGGUGACCAGAAUGGAGCAGACCUGCCCCGUGCAGACUCUCCUCUCUUUGUCCAGCAAGAUGAAGACUCGGAUGAUGAGUAUUUGGACGAGGAUGAAAAGAAGGCGCGAGAGGAUGCUCGAGUCGCUGAGAUCAUUGCGAAGGCUGAAGAGAACUCUGCUCGGCCAUCACACGACAACGCGAAGCGAGCUACCAAUAUCCUCAAGGGAGGCGUAAAGAAGACUUCGACUCUGCAGCUGAUCCAGCAUCUUGAGACGUCCGUAUCGAGAAUUGAACAGACAUUGUCUCAGCUCAAUCAACAGCUUGAAGCAUGUGCCAAAGUGGCCGAUGGAGACGGAUUGCCGUCAGACGGAAAGACGGACCAAACACCCGAAGAGCGUCUAUCACUGACGGUUUCAAAAUCCGACUUCGGCCGCAUGCGCAUCAUCGGCCAGUUCAACCUCGGCUUCAUCCUCGCCGUGCGUCCCGGCACCACCACCAACGCCGUCCCACAACCAACACCAACCCCGGCCCGGUCCUCCUCCUCCUCCACCACCACCACCACCCCAGCGCCGUCCGCAACUCCUUCUUCUUCCUCCCCCUCCCACGCAGCCGACGAGCUCUUCAUCAUCGACCAGCACGCCUCGGACGAAAAGAUCAACUUCGAGCGCCUCAGCAACACCACCAUCCUCGCGCCCCAGCGCCUCGUCCACCCCCACCCCCUCGACCUCACCGCCAUCGAGGAAGAAACCAUUCUCGCGCACCCCGCCGCCUUCGCCGCCAACGGCUUCCAGCUCACGACCGACACCAGCGGCGAGAGCCCCGUCGGCCGUCGCUGCCGGCUGCUGGGCUUGCCGGUCAGCAAGGAGACGACGUUUGCGGUGGCGGAUUUGGAGGAGCUGGUGGCGUUGUUGGGGGAGAGUUCGAUCGCGGAGGAGAGGGGGGGAGGAGAAGGCGGAGGAGGGGGAGGAGGGGGCAGCAGUGGUGGUGCUGUUGGUAUUCCGCGGCCGGGCAAGGUCAGGAAGAUGUUGGCCAUGCGGGCGUGUCGGAGCAGCAUCAUGAUUGGGAAGACGCUUACGAAGAGGCAGAUGGAGCGGGUGGUGAGGGAGAUGGGCGAGAUUGACAAGCCGUGGAAUUGUCCGCAUGGGAGGCCGACGAUGAGGCAUUUGGCUAGUUUGGGGGAGUGGGGGGAGGUCGGGUGGAAAGAGGGGGAUGGGAUUGUUGGGUUGGGGGAAAGGAGGGGGAAGGGGAAGGGGUCGGUGUGGGGUAGGUUUGUGAGUGGGGAGAGGAGGGGGGUGGAGUGA